ACAAAAAGAUCUAAAAUACAGAAAAAAAAAGUUGUCCGGAACCUACGAGGAAGGCUUAGGCGUUUUCCUCGUUCGCUCGCCGCGGCGUCGGACGAUGCCUCUGGGGCUGACGCUGGGGUCGCUGGGGCGGGCUAUGCGGCAGAAGCGGCCGUCCUCGCUCGACAUCCUCUCCUCCAAGCGGGCGCCGCGGGACUACUACAAGGGCAAGAACUGCAAGCCCACCGGGUUCCACACGCGCAAAGGCGGAUACGUGGUUGUCGAUGAAAAGCUGCCAAGGUUCGCAGUUCCUGACAAUGACUCAUUUCAAGUGCACCAGGGACCUCGCAGCGUCGACGACAUCCUCGGCCUCUCUAACUUCAGCACAGACUACUGAGAGCAGGAGCUGAUUGUCAUCGGACUGCUCUAGCCAUUUGCAGGAAGCGAGCGACCAAGCCUUGCAGUAUUGCGGCUACGUUUUCCUGGAGAGUGCCCGUGUUCAGAGGAUUAGUCAUUAGUGUCGGCGUCUUAGCAGCUACAGGUGGUCAUUUCAGAUGUAUUUUUCUCUCUCUCUCUCUUUAUCUUGUGUAAGGGCAAACAUGUGGCGUAAGGCCCUGUCGGCCCUGUCUGUUUUCUUCCAGAAUUAUAUAAUCUAACUUAUAGAU